CUGUUCGGUUCUUCCUCAAGAAACCGCGUGUUUGUCUUACUUUUAAAGCAAAUUUAUUUAUUUUCAUCGUCGUCGUCUCUGAUUUUUAAGUGUAUUACAGAAAAAAAACAAAUUUUUAUAUAAAUAAAAUUACUUGACUGACAGAUUAAUUUGUUGUAAAUUUUUGAGUGUUUCUAGAAAAUAAAUAAAAAAUCUAUAAAAGGAAAAAAAAAAAAAAUUAUUGAAAUAAUAACAAAGGCUAAAUAGUAAAUAAAAAUAUGACGGAUCAAGCAACGAGAGACCUCUUAGCGAGAGGCAACGUAUUCAACGCUGGUUAUGUGCCAGUUGACAGUGGAUCGCGAGAUAAAACAGACUAUAACGCAAAUAUACCGGAUAAUAAAGGUGGAGUUGUUUACACUAAUUCUUCUGCAGAUCCUUAUCAACAGCAACAACAACAACAACAGAGAAUUGUCGGUGAAGGCGGCGAAGAAGAAGAAAUGAUCGAAGCAGAGCGCGAUUUGGCCGAGGAUGCCAUGUGGAAACGCAUCCAGCAAAAUACCUUCACACGAUGGGCAAAUGAGCAUCUGAAGAUUGUUGACAAAAAUAUCGGAAGUCUGGAGACAGAUUUGUCGGAUGGCCUGCGAUUGAUCGCCUUGAUUGAAGUUUUGUCGCAAAAACGCAUGAAUAAACACAACAAAAGGCCAGUUUUUCGGAGUCAAAAGUGCGAAAAUGUGGAAAUUGCGUUGAAGUUCUUGGAACGUGAGGGCAUUAAAAUUAUCAAUAUAGAUUCAUCGGACAUCGUUGACUGCAAAUUGAAGCUAAUUCUCGGCUUAAUAUGGACCCUAAUUCUGCACUAUUCGAUUUCGAUGCCCAUGUGGGAAGGUGAUGAAGCUCCGCAGAACGGCAGUGGUCCAACGCCGAAGCAGCGGUUGAUGCACUGGAUCCAAAAUAAAGUCCCCGACCUCCCAAUUGGCAAUUUCACGAACGACUGGAACAACGGAAGAGCUGUUGGUGCAUUGGUCGACGCUGUGGCGCCAGGUUUGUGUCCCGAUUGGCCCUCAUGGGACCCGAAAGAUGCCCUCCAAAAUGCCACAGAAGCCAUGGCACUGGCUGACGAUUGGUUGAAUGUGCGACAAUUGUUGAAGCCGGAAGAUUUGGUCAACCCCAAUAUUGAUGAGCAAUCAAUGAUGACGUACUUGAGUCAAUAUCCGAAUGCCAAAUUGAAGCCCGGGGCACCGCUUCGACCACGAGCCAAUCCGAACAGAAAUAGUUCGUUUAAAGCUCCUCGAGUUCGUGCUUAUGGUCCCGGAAUUGAGCCAACAGGCCCUGUGGUGGAUGCUCCAGCUAAUUUUACGGUUGAAACUUUCUCUGCUGGCAAAGGAAAAGUCGAAAUCGAAGUCAUCAACCCGCAUGGCGGUCACGAACCCGUCGACGUUCGCUUCAACAACGACAAAAACUUAACGUAUUCCGUGUCAUACAUCCCCAAAAUGGAAGGAACGCACAAAGUCAUCGUGCGUUAUUCGGGCAAAGACAUCCCCAAAAGCCCCUAUGCCGUGAGUGUCGAAGGUCAUGCUGGCGACGCGAGCAAAGUAACUGCCAGCGGUCCUGGCUUACAACCGGAAGGCGUUUGCAUCAAUCGUCCGACAUAUUUCGACAUCAGUACCGUGGAUGCGGGCAAGGGAGUCCCCGAGGUGAUCAUUCUCGACCCAGCUGGUCACAAAACUACCGUUCCCGCCAAAGUGCGUCAAAUGAGCAAAGAUAACUGGCGCUGCGAAUACGUUUCGCAACAACUGGGACUUCAUUCCGUCAACGUUUUUUACGCGGGGCAACCGAUUCCGCAAAGCCCGUAUGGCGUUCGAGUCAGUCCGGUGUCAGAUGCGAAGAAAGUUCGGGCCAGUGGGCGUGGCUUGCAACCAACGGGCGUUCGAGUUGGCGACGAAGACACUUCUUUCAACAUUUAUACCGAUGGAGCGGGUGAAGGAGUGCCCGAAGUUCGCAUUAUUGGCCCGGCUGGCGUCAAUUAUAACGCUCAGAUGCGAAAAAUCGACGGCACGACGUACGAAGCUCGGUAUGUGCCACUCAAGGAGGGUCGAUAUCGCAUCAUGAUCACAUUCGGAGGUCAAGAAAUCCCGAAAUCUCCGUUUGAUGUCACCGUCGGACCCAAAAUUCAGUCAAACGUUGUCGCUUAUGGUGCCGGAUUGCGUGGCGGCAUCGUCGGAUAUCCCGCUGCCUUCACCGUCGAGACAAAUGGCGAGCAAGGAAACCUCAGUUUUAGUGUGGCUGGUCCCUCACAAGCGGAAAUCUCGUGCAAAGACAACGAAGACGGCUCCUGUUGUGUCCGUUACACGCCAACUGUCGCCGGAGACUAUGCCGUUCAUGUUCUCAUCAACGAAGAAGACAUCCCCAACAGUCCGUUUAUCGCGAAAAUCCUGCCGAAAGCGGAUUUCUAUCCGGAAAACGUCAAAUCCUACGGACCCGGCAUCCAACCGAAUGGCGUGACAAUCGAUGUGCCGGCAACGUUCAACGUCGACACAAAAACGGCGGGAAAUGCCCCGCUGGAAGUCAGGGUUUCAGAUUGCUUUGGCAUCAAUGUGCCCGUGAAUAUUAUCGAUCAGAACGACGGCACGAAGAAAUGUGUCUACAUUCCAAAAACAACGUCGCCACACACGGUUGAGGUCAAUUACGGCAACGUGCCGACGCCGAAUUCGCCGUAUCGCGUGAGAAUUGCGGCGCCAUUGAAUCCAGCGAAAGUGCAGGCGUUUGGACCGUGGUUGGAAGGCGGUGUCAAGCCAAAUCAAGCGAUUCAUUUUAAUGUUGAUGCACGUGACGCUGGCGAAGCAGACUUAAAAGUCCAAGUAAUCCACGACGAGACAAAGAAAGAAAUCCCAACUCGUGUUUUGGACAACGGCGAUAAUACUUACUCUGUGGAAUUGUCUCCUACUGAAGCUGGCUCUUACACAACAAAUCUCUUCUAUGGCGGCCUAAAAGUGCCAACAUCCCCAAAAACGAUCGUCAAUCCACCAAUUGACGUCACAAAAGUCAAAGUUGAUGGUCUCGAACCAAGUGUCAUAAUGAACGCCCAAACGGAAUUCAGCGUGGAUAUGUCGCAAGCUGCCAGCAGUUCUUUAGCGCAAAUCGAUUCUAGUCGUCUCACUUGUCAAAUUUUCGAUCCUCGUGGUAAUGUGAUCCCCAGCAAAAUUAUGCCCGGCAUCGCUGACGACAUUUUCCGCAUCAUGUACACCCCCUUCGAAGCAGGACGUCACACAAUCGAGCUUUUAUACGACAACGUCCCAAUUCCAGGGUCUCCUUUCGUCGUCAACGUCAAAGCUGGUUGCGAUCCGUCACGCGUUCGUGCCUUCGGACCCGGCUUAGAAGGCGGUCUUCGUAACGAAUCUUGCAAAUUCACCGUAGAAACGAAGGGAGCUGGCACCGGAGGCUUAUCCCUCGCCAUCGAAGGUCCUUCCGAAGCUAAAAUCACGUGUCAGGACAAACGAGAUGGCUCGUGCGACGUCGAAUACACCCCCACGGAGCCUGGAGAGUAUGACAUCACCAUUCGAUUUGCGGAAAAACACAUUCCCGGAUCGCCGUUCAAGGUUCUCGUCACCGAUGUGGUCACGCCGGGGCAAGUAAAUGUCUUCGGGCCUGGCGUGCGAGACGGCGAAGUGCGAGAUGGAGUUCCGACGGAGUUUUAUGUCGACUGUAGCGAAGCAGGACCGGGAAAAAUUGGCGUGCAAUUGAGUUCGUCCGAUGGGAAACAAGUGCAAGAUGUCAAAGUUUACGACAAGGGGGAAGGCGUUUAUGCCGUGAGUUAUUUGGCUCCGAAGGAAGGCGCCACAUUGACGGCAAACGUGAAAUUUGCCGAUAAGGAAGUGCCUGGAAGUCCGUUUGUGGUAAAAGUUGCACCGAAAACCGAUGUAAAAGCCGUUAAAGUGACAGGAGACUUGGCGAAGAAACAAGUUCCGGCUUCGUUGCCGGUGAAAUUCCAAGUUGACAGCAAGAAAGCGGGACAGGGUGAUAUUGCAGUGUCGAUUGUGAAAUUACAAGAAGAAAUGAUGAAAAAUUCAACAUGGUUCGAAUCGUGGAUGGAAACGAUCGAAACGACGGUUAUUUAUAAGAAAACAACGAUUAAAGACACUUUUCCGAUAGUCUUCAAAAAAUUUAAAAAACAAAAUUUGGGCGAUCAGAAUCCCGAAAAAUAUUUGGUUCAACCGAAAAUCCAUCCAACUGGUCAAGGUGUUUGUGACGUCAGCUUCAUCCCCGACGAACAAGGUCCGUAUCAAGUCAACAUUAAAUUCGAUGGAAAAGACGUCGUAGGAUCGCCAUUCCAUCUGACGGCGUUGCCAAGUGGAAAUGCCGAUAAAUGUCAAUUGCUCGAAAUGGAUGCCGAUGAACUGGAAUUCGGCAAGGAAAGUGUAUUAACGGUAGAUGCGAGACAAGCAGGACCUGGCGCUGUCACGUGUAACAUCGUGCAAAUGGAUAAUAAUACUCCCAUCGAUGUCCAAGUAACCGAAAGCAAACCCGGUCUAUUCGACAUCAAAUACACCUUGGAUGAACCCGGAGAGUAUGACUUUGACAUUAAAUUCGGCGGACGAUCGAUUCCAGAUGGUGCUUUUUCGAUAAAGGCUGGUGAAAAGUUUGAACACGUCACUCGAACGUCGACAUCGUCCACAAAGAGAGGUCACGGAAAUUCCAUCAACAAUAACGGAAGUUUAUCGGAAUCAUUUGGUUCGCACAGUUUGAACAAGACAUCCGAGUUCCUUGAGACUAUUCGAAGAGAAGAAUACGAGAUCCGCCAGGAAUUUGUCCAUCAAAACGGAAAUUCGCACAAAAAUCACCAAGACGCACACGACUCGUCGCACGUUUCAAGCAGUAGUGCCUUUAGACAAGUACAAUUAAGUAAAUUAUUACUACCACAUUCAGUUAAGGAAGUUACAGCCGAAGUAAGGAUGCCAAGUGGAAACGUUGAUAAGCCACUCAUUGAGGACAAUCGUGAUGGCACGGUUUCCGUCAAGUAUGAUCCACGUGAGGAGGGUCUUCAUGAGCUCACCGUCAAGUACAAUGGCGAGCAUGUGCACGGGUCUCCCUACAAAUUUCACGUAGAUCAAAUUUCAUCGGGGCACGUUACGGCCUACGGACCUGGCUUGGUGUCUGGCGUCAGUGGUGAGCCAGCGCAAUUUGUCAUCUCCACGAAGGGAGCUGGCGCUGGUGGCUUGUCCAUGGCUGUUGAGGGACCCAGCAAAACUGACAUCAAAUACACUGACAACAAAGACGGCACCGUCUCCGUCAACUACUUGCCCACUGCUCCCGGCGAGUACAAGGUUUCCGUUCGUUUUGGCGACAAACACAUCAAGGGCUCCCCCUUCUUUGCCAAAAUCACGGGCGAGGGUCGCAAACGCAACCAAAUCAGUGUCGGCGCCUGCUCCGAAGUCACUUUCCCCGGCGAAAUCACGGACAACGAUUUGAAGCAACUCAACGCUUCCAUCUCGGCGCCAUCGGGUCUCGAAGAGCCGUGCUUCUUGAAACGUUUGCCAUCCGGCAACAUUGGUAUCUCGUUCACGCCCCGCGAAACUGGCGAACAUGCUGUCUCCGUAAAACGUUUGGGCAAACACAUCCCCAACUCGCCCUUCAAGGUAACGGUGUGCGAACGCGAAGUCGGCGACGCCAAAAAGGUCAAAUUGAGCGGCAAGGGCUUGGAAAGUGGUGCCACGCACACCGACAACGUCUUUUCCGUGGAUACGCGCAACGCUGGUUUCGGCGGUUUGUCCGUCUCCAUCGAAGGUCCGAGCAAGGCGGAGAUUCAUUGCACCGAUAACGACGACGGCACCUUGAAAAUCGCCUAUAAACCCACGGAACCCGGAUAUUACAUCAUCAACUUGAAGUUUGCUGAUCAUCAUGUCCAAGGAUCGCCAUUUACUGUCAAUAUCGCUGGUGAAGGUUCCAACCGUCAACGUGAAAAAAUCCAACGUCAACGUGACGCUGCGCCAAUCACUGAGGUCGGACAUCCAUCGAGAUUGACCUUCAAGAUGCCCGGUUUGACUGGAUUCGAUUUGAGUGCCCAAAUCACGUCUCCUGGAUUCGUCACUGAAGACGCCAUCAUCUCGGAAAUUGAAGAUGGGCUCUAUGCGGUGCAAUUCACACCCAAGGAAGUUGGUUGCCAUACCGUUUCAGUUCGCUACAAGGGAAUCCAUAUUCCUGGAUCUCCAUUCCAGUACACUGUUGGUCCCCUCAAGGAUUUCGGUUCUCACUUGGUAAAGGCCGGCGGUAAUGGUUUGGAAUUCGGUGAAGUUGGUGUCCCAUCACCCUUCAACGUAUGGACACGUGAAGCUGGCAGCGGAAGUCUUGCCAUUUCGGUCGAAGGUCCCAGCAAGGCCUCCAUUGACUUCAAAGAUCGCAAGGAUGGCUCUUGUGAUGUCUCCUACACAGUCAGUGAACCAGGUGAAUAUCGUGUCGGUUUGAAAUUCAACGAUCGUCACAUCCCCGAUUCACCAUGGAAGGUCUACAUCUCACACGCACAAGGCGACGCCCACAAAUUGGAAGUUGCCCAAUUCCCCACGGGAGUUUUGUUGCCCGACAAACCGUGCCAAUUCAUGGUUCGCACACAAGGUGCCAAGGGUAAAUUGGUUGCUACACUCAUUGCACCAUCCAACGCCGAAGACGAUUGCUUCGUCCAAAUGAUCGAUCCCGAGAACUAUUCGAUCCGUUUCUAUCCACGCGAGAACGGCAUUCACUCGAUCCACGUGAAAUUCAAUGGUGUCCAUAUUCCCGGAUCGCCCUUCCGCAUCAUCGUCGGCAAGGGAGAUGCUGAUCCGGCUGCCGUUCAUGCCGAAGGAAAUGGCUUGCAAGGCGCUCGUACGGGCCAAAAGACCGAUUUCAUCAUUGACACGUGCAAUGCUGGCGCCGGUACUUUACAAGUCACAAUCGAUGGUCCGUCAAAGGUAUCGAUGGAUUGCACGGAAGUCGAGGAGGGAUACAAAGUGCGUUAUACACCAUUGUUGCCUGGCGAUUAUUACAUCACAGUUAAAUACAAUCACAUGCAUAUCGUGGGAUCGCCAUACAAAAUCACUUGUCAAGGAAAAACUGAUAAGCUCGCUGAGGAAGGUGCCCAAGAAACAUCCACGGUCACUCUUGAAACCAUCACGAAAAUCUCCAAGAACAAGGGAAGCGGCGCCGUUCUCCCAGUUUUCAGAUCAGACGCUAGCAAAGUCAUACCAAAGGGCAUGGGAUUGAAGAAGGCCUACAUUGGCAAGCAAAAUGCCUUUAACCUCAAUACCUUCGAUGCUGGAAGCAACAUUCUGUAUGUCGGUAUCUAUGGGCCAAAAUCUCCCGUUGACGACUUGCACGUAAAGCAUCAAGGACGUGGCAUCUACAACGUCAAUUACAUGGUUAAAGAUCGUGGAGAGUACAUUAUGAUCAUAAAAUGGGGUGAAGAUCACAUUCCGGGAUCACCAUUCAAAAUCGAUUGCUAAACGAUGACGUGCCAACUUUCUACUUUUUGCGCAAACUUUUAUUAUGUAUAUGACAUGAGAAAUAUACUCAUAAGAAAAAAAAUACAGACACACACAAAAAAAACUCACACACAGGAUCAAAGACAUCGAAAACAUAUUUACUUACACAAAAAAAUACGAGGUUGCCAAAAUACGCGAUGAGCGGCCUUUUUAAGAAUUUAUCGCUUUAGAGUUAUUUCAAUAAAAAAAAAUAAAAUUAAUUAAAAAAAACAAAAGAUACGCUUUUUAUCCUUCAAAAGCUCCUGUCACCUUGGUUCAUUCAAGCGAGAAAAAAAAUCUUAUUCAAAGCAUAGUUUGUUAUUAUUUUACAAUUUUUUGAGUUUUAUCGUAUUUUUUUUUUAGUUUAAAAAAAAAGUUUUAAAAAAUGUUGAAAAAAUAGUAUUUUAAAGAAUCCAAGCGCCACGCAUUUAU